UACGCAUUCUUCUCUUACUCGUUCACUGGGUUAGUUGAGGGCUUAGUUUGUCUCCAGGUUUUUACGCCAUUUGCAUAAUUUUGAAGUAAUAAGUGUCUAAAUAAAUACAUAGUCAAUAUGAACGCGGCGUACGUGAUUCGAAAGAAUAUUGCCGCCAUGACCAAGCCCACGGUCCCUUCGCCGGUGGUGGAUACGCCGUGUGGGAAAUUACAAGGUCGCACUUCCACGUCACGCGACGGACGGAAAUAUUUCCAAUAUUUGGGGAUACCGUAUGCAAAGCCACCCUUGUAUGAGUUACGCUUCGAGCCACCGCAACCCUGGAACGAGCACUGGCCUGGGGUACGAGAUGCGACGAAAAACGGGGACAAAGCAGCCCAGUUUGACGCCGUUUCGCAAAAAGUGAUAGGAAGCGAGGACUGUCUCUUUGUUGACGUGCAUACCCCCAUCAUUGCGGAAGGAUCACGACUUCCGGUCCUGGUGUGGUUUCAUGGAGGCUCCUUUAUCAUGGGGUCCGGAAAUGACUACAAGCCGGAUUACUUCAUGGAGCAUGACGUCGUUGUUGUUGCUGUCAAUUAUCGACUCGGAUGCUUUGGCUUCUUGGACACUGGGGAUGGCGUCGUGAGAGGCAACAUGGGGUUGAAGGAUCAAAACAUGGCGUUAAGAUGGGUACACCACAAUAUUGCUGGAUUUGGCGGUGAUCCUCAUGAUGUAACAAUUGCGGGAGAAUCUGCCGGCGGAGCGUCUGUCCAUUUCCACGUGCUCUCUCGAUUAAGCACAGGGCUAUUCCACAAGGCCGUGUCCCAAAGUGGGUUUGCAACCCUACCAUUCGCAAUUCAUCCUAACCCGGCUAAAUUAACGAGGCGACUCGCCGAAAUUCUACGCUGCCCGACAGAGGACACACAAAAGAUGAUUUUCCAGAUGAAAACUUUAGACACGGCGACAAUUGCUUCCGUCCAGCUCGGCAUGUUUGACAACUUUCGGCCCACCAUCGAGUUCGAUUUUGGCGACGGGCAAGCCAUGAUUACCGAGCAUCCUCAAAGGAUAAUUAACAGCGGGAAUUUUAAUAAGGUUCCAUACAUGGUAGGCGUAAAUUCGGGCGAAGGGAUCUUACUUGCUACACCCGCCCUAACCAACAAAACCACGUGUCAAGAACUGUCCGAAAACUGGGGCAAAACUCUCGCCCCCUUUCUCUUCUUUCCCCCAGAAGUAGACGGGACGAUCCUGGACGCAACGAAAGACCUCUAUUGCGCGGGAGAAUUUGACCCAGCCAAACCGAUGGAAAAGAUGCAGGAGAUGACGCAUCUCUUCUCCGACUGCAUCUGGAAUCUUGGCUUCCACAAUGCGAUGACAGCACACGCGGCCGCCCUAGCAAAUUAUGGCGACGACCUAAGAAAUCCCCUCUUUUGCUAUUAUUACGACUAUCACGGCAAAUACAGUUUGGCCGACAUGGUCCUCGCCAUCGGAGGGGAUGCUCAUCCUCUCGUCGAGCUGAUCAAAAUCAAGGGGAAGAAAUGGAUCAAGGAGAAAAUUAAGAAAGAGGAAAUUCCAAAAUAUGGGUCUUGUCACGGGGACGGUCUCGCUAUGCAAUGGUAUAUGCCCGCCAUGUGCUACGUCCCCCAGAAAAGUCCGGACUACGACGUUUCUAAAGCGAUUGUUGAAUGUCUCGUGCAGUUCGUGAAAUUGGACAAGCACAAUCCAGCCUGUUCUCUUGAUUUCUUUGGACAACACUGGUCCGCCCAGAGGGGUUACGAGCCCCUCAAGUACAUGCACAUUUGUCGCGAACCCAAAAUGAUUUCUGAACCGUUUAACGAGCGGCUCAACUUUUGGAAGGGGUUGCAACGCUAGGGAAUUUUGCAUCUGGCAAUAUUUACUACAAUCUGAACGGAAUAAUUUUUGGGAAAUUAAUUAUUGUAUCGCUAAAAACUAAUAAUUCGUUUGAUAAUUUAUUGUAAGUAUUCAAUAUUUGGAGAAAAACAUGUUUGAAUACAUAUAUAAUCGAAAUAAAAAUAUAAUUGAACACAACAAAUUAUUAAUAAAGCUAAAUUAAUAUUUCCAAACGUUUUAAAACGUAUUUCUAAGUAUAUUCCAAGUAUAAGUAUUAUCAACUAGGUCGUAGGAUCGUUGUACUUAGUAUUAGUCGAAAUGAGGAAAUUUCGGAAAUUAGUACUCCAUGAGAGUGCAUCAAGUAAAUCAA